AUGAACAACAUCUUCAUCAAGCUGAUUGGCGAAAAAGGAGAGAGUAAGCGCACGUGGCUCACUAGCUUGAAGGGAAUCUUCUAUCAAGACACAGGGUCUCGUGAAUUCGACGUGGUGUGCCCCUUUUCACUUGGCAAGCUGGUGCUGAUAGAGCUGGACAAACAGCCCCUCCCACUCUUCCCCCUGGAUGCCUGGUUCCCAUCCAAGGUUGUUGUGACGACACCAGAGAGAGGCACAUGCCAGUUCCCUGUCUACUGUUGGAUUAUGGACAAGGAAGUGCACCUGUUCAGAGAGGGCACAGCUAAAAGGCUCUGUGAUGAAACUAAUCAUCUUGCCAGGUACAGCAGGGAACUGGAGAUGAAGACGAGAACUGAGCUGUACUGCUGGGAUACCUACAAGGAGGGUUUCCCCGGCAGCAUGAAGGCAGACAACCCUCUGGAUCUUCCCAGCGAGAUCCAAUUCUCGUUCACCAAGGCCACCCAGUUCCUCUUCACCGCCGCCACCGGGAUCACUGAGCUGAAACUAAUGGGGUAUUCUGACAGCAAGAAGAGCUGGAAAAACAUUGAUGAAAUCAGCAAUGUCUGCCUCAAUAGAACUGUCAUCUCAGACUACGCACAGGAGCACUGGAAGGAAGAUGAGUUUUUCGGGUACCAGUAUCUGAACGGCUGCAACCCCAUUUUGAUCCGUCGCUGCUCGGAGUUGCCGGCAAAAUUCCCCGUCACAGGAGACAUGGUCAAGCCCUCUCUUCGUGGAUCGUCCAGCCUCCUAAAGGAAUUGCAGAGCGGCAACAUAUUCCUGCUUGACUACAAGAACCUGGAUGGAUUAAAGGCAAACGUGAUCCAUACGAAAAAACAGUACAUGGCGGCUCCUCUGGUUCUGCUCUACAGAACCCCUGAUGACAAGCUGGUUCCCAUCGCCAUCCAGCUGAAGCAGAAGCCUGCAAAAGACAACCCAAUCUUCCUUCCUACUGACUCUGAGUAUGACUGGCUCCUGGCCAAGAUCUUUGUGAGGAGCGCUGACUUUCAAGAGCACCAGCUCAAUGUCCACCUGCUGCGCACUCACCUCCUGGCUGAGGUGUUCGCUGUAGCAUUGUUGCGCAACAUGCCCAUGGUGCACCCCCUCUACAAGCUUCUGAUUCCACAUACCCGCUACUCCCUCCAGAUCAACCUCUUGGCCCGGGCAUUUCUAAUAGCUGAUGAAGGAGUUUUCACUCAGUUUGCUGCUUCGGGCGGAGAGGCGAUGAAUGAGAUCCUGAGGAGAUCUGUGGCCUCAUUGACCUACAGCUCCCUCUGUAUGCCGGAAGACAUCACUGCACGAGGUCUGGAGUCAGUCCCCAACAACUACUACAGGGAUGAUGGACUCAAGCUGUGGGACAUCAUCCACAGGUUUGUAGAGGAAGUGAUUAGUUUCUAUUACAAGAGUGACUCAGAGGUCCGGGAAGACCAGGAAGUACAGAACUGGAUCAAGGAUAUCUUUGACCAUGGCUUCCUGGCCCAAGAAUGCACAGGAAUCCCUCAGUCUUUCUCUACUGUGCCAGAGGUCGUCAAGUUCGUCACCGUGGUGAUCUUCACCUGCUCAGGCCAGCAUUCUGCUGUCAACUCUGGACAGUAUGACUAUGGUGGCUGGAUGCCCAACACCCCCAUCUCCCUGAAACAGCCACCUCCCACCACUAAGGGGCAGUCUACUGAGAGCACCAUGCUGAAGACCUUCCCAGAUGUCGGCACAACAGCACAGGGCAUGUCCACUAUGUGGCUCCUUAGCAAGCAAUCCACUGACUUUGUGACCCUUGGCCAGUACCCAGAGGAGCACUUCAACGAGAUACCACCCUGCAGGAUGAUUCAGAAAUUCCAGACGGAUCUGAAGGUCUUCAGCGAGACCGUCAAGGCCAGGAACUCUGGACUACCAGUGCCAUACACCUACAUGGACCCCGCUUUGGUGGAGAACAGCGUGGCCAUUUAGAUAAUCCAAAGUCCU